UUUGUCACUAUCUAAUUUUCACGUAAACAAAUACAAAAAAUAAACAAAUCCACGGAAACAGAAAUAUCUAGUACCCGGUUGUCAACUCGAUCCUCGAAAGGGUAAUUAGCAGCUGAGCUGAGUGAGUAAAAAAUCAAUCCAUCCAUCCAUCAAACCAUGAGUGCAAACCUUGGAUGCGUGAUCGUAGCCGUUGAUGGAAGCGAGGAGAGCAUGAACGCCUUGAGAUAUGCCCUCGAUAACCUCAAGCUCCGAUCUCCUGCUCCCGAAUCCACUGAAACCCCUGGCUCCUUCGUCAUCCUCCAUGUCCAACCACCACCGUCUAUCGCUGCUGGCCUUAAUCCCGGUGCCAUCCCUUUUGGCGGACCCAGUGGUUUGGAGGUGCCUGCGUUCACGGCGGCGAUUGAAGCGCAUCAGAGGAGGAUUACGGAGGCGAUUCUAGAACAUGCCUUGGAGAUUUGCCGUGAAAAGAAAGUGAAUGUGAAAACACAAGUGGUGAUUGGGGAUCCAAAGGAGAAGAUAUGUGAAGUUGCUGAGAAUCUGCCUGCCGAUUUGCUUGUGAUGGGAAGUCGUUCUUUUGGCCCUAUUAAAAGGAUGUUUCUGGGAAGUGUAAGCAAUUACUGCACCAACCAGGCACAAUGCCCUGUCAUAAUAGUCAAGGGAAAGGACCCCUCAUCGUGAACUAAACUAGAAAUCAAAAUUGCCACAGCUGGUUGAGGGAAAUGGUGUUUUGGCAUGGAUGUCUGGUGGCCAAGGUUGAAGGCGUUGUUGUUUGGCUUGAAGUCUGCAAAAGUGCUAUUGGUUUGUUGCUGCUAUUCCAGGAAGAUAGUCUGUUUUUCUUUUCUUUUCUUUUCUUUUUGUUAAAGAUUUGAUUCAAGGAAUCUGAAGCUCCUCUCCUCUGUUUCUUUCUCUCUUUUUCUCUAGCAAUCGAGGCUUUUGAAAUCCCUAAUUUCGAAGCCCUCAAAUUCGAUAGAAUCUCAAUUACUUUGUUGGUCUCCUGGGAAAACUUUUAAUUGUUUAUUGAAGGGGACUAUAGAAACAGAGAAAAAUUUGUUAUUGGUUUCAUCUGGUGAAAUCCUCCAGCGUGUGGGUGGUGAAGACUCAGGGAUAAAUUGUUGGGUAGUGGUGGGAUUUGUUGAACUGGGUGUUCUGGUGAUCAAGAGCUGCUGGGUUUGACAAUGUGAUGUGAUUUUGCAGUGUUGGGUGGCGUGAAUCGGGUCUUUGAAUGAGGUCGGUUUGGCUGCUGGUGUUAGACUGAUUUGGUGGUGGCUGAAAUUGGUUUUGUGGUAGUGUGGUAGUGUGGGUGGCUGUUAUGGUGGCUGAUUUGGUAUGAUCUUGUUGUUAGCUGUGUGGGGAAGAUGAAUAGUGGCGACAAUUUUGGGGCAAAAUUGAUUUAAAGGUGUUUUGUUUUGUUUUUUAUUAUAUAGAUUUUGAUAGUAAACGGGAAAAGGCAAAAAAAGAAACUCUUUUUUUCGUA